CAAAAUAACAAAUUCUUACACCCUUUCAAGUAAUUAUUUUUCUUUUUUGAGUGUCACAUGAAUUCAUAAAGGGUGUUUAAACAUUUGACAAUUUUGUAGCCGAUCCGAUAAACGGGAACGACCGUCCAAGUUCAGACGAAAGGACAACCAUGGCGUCUGCUACUUCCGGCACCACAUUAAAUGCUUUACUGCUGCCUUGCUCAACAGUGGGGAGGUUAGGGCGUACAUUAGCAACGACAUCUGGGAGGAAGUCCUUCUCACUUUUAUCUCUCUCCCCGGAGCUGGUGUAUCGCUGUGGGCGGCGAUGGAAGAAUGUGACCGCAGCAAGAAAACUUAUUGUUCGUGCCGCGAGAACCGAAUCUAAGGGCGUUUCUCUUGGUUCCAGAGCUCCUAAUUUUGAGCUGGAGGAGCCGCUCACAGGGAAUAUGUGGACAUUAGAGGACUUCGAAUCUUAUCCGGCAUUACUGGUUAUGUUCAUUUGCAAUCAUUGUCCAUUUGUUAAGCACUUGAAAAAGGACAUUGCGAAGCUUACAGACUUCUAUACAAAGAAAGGACUCGGAGUAGUUGCAAUAUCAUCAAACUCCGAAAUUACUCAUCCACAGGAUGGACCAAUUUUCAUGGCAGAGGAUGCGAGACUUUUUAAUUAUUCAUUCCCAUACCUUUAUGAUCGUACACAAGAUGUUGCAAGAGACUAUGGCGCUGUUUGCACCCCGGAGUUUUACGUAUUUAAAAAGGAUGGCCGUCGACCCUUUGAACUAGUAUAUCAUGGUCAGUUUGAUGACUCCCGGCCAAGCAACAAUGUUCCUGUCACAGGGAGGGACUUGAGCUUGGCAAUUGACCGUGUUCUUAGUGGUCAACCGAUACCACCAAAUCAGAAACCGAGUGUUGGAUGUAGCAUAAAGUGGCAUCCUGCGGGAAAAGUAUAAAUGGAAAUGUGGUUCAUGCUUCCUCAUCGACUUAUUAUUUAUAAGGUGUACGGUUUCAAAUUUUGUUAUGUAACUAGAUGUGUAUUCAGAUGUUCAAAACAUAUGUAUAUGUUAUUACGUACUUAAUGGUAUAGACCUCCACACCCA